CAGAAGACGGCCCUCGCGGAUUUGUCUUCUUCGUUCGUUGAAGGGUUUUGACCUUUCUAUGUGUGAGAAACUGGAUGAGAGCAACUCCAGAAACAAAGUUUUGGAACUAACAUCCAGUCGUUCUCGUUAGUAAUUCCUUCGAUUCGUCACAAUGAGGGCACUGCACAGCCAAAGAAAAGAAGCAGAUACGGUCAAGAAAAAGUUUCUCAGCUUGAGAACUGGAAUGCUAUUCAUGAUGGAAUGUUCACCAGUUUCCAAGAGUCGCUUGUUCCUGGUAUGAACUGUGGAGCGUGCAGUGUUCGAUUGUUAUCCGUGUAUCGAUAAGAUGACUGUUAUGUUGGCUUCUUUCUUUGCGGCAGCUGUGUUGAAGAAGUGCAUAAACACACAUUGUUUCACCAACCAUACAAAUGGCAGGCUCGAACUUGGAAUUCAUUUGUACCCAGGGGUAGUUGUGAAAAAGUUGUCCGGAGACAUACCUAUUCCUGCUCUACAGCAUUUAUACGGCCCCUGGUCGUUGUUGAUGAUAAAGGACGAUAUCAUCGAUUGAAUUUCCAGUUUUGCCUCUGUGAACCAGAGUCUGUUACCCUGAUACUUCAUCACCUGUGGCCUUCGUCUCCAAAGAAACCACGCAUGUGUUUUCAUUUCCACUUCAUGGAUUUGCUGCGGGUAAUAUCUUAUAGUGUCUUCAAGGAACAAUUCUUAUCAUGGACUUCUGUGAAGCGUUCGAGCACUUAUACAGUCCUUAUGUUCAUUUUGAAGACCCGGCAAUCCAGAAUAUCUACAGAGUCCUGAUAAAUGAAAGCUUCGAGGAAUACAGGGCUUUCAUACACCAGUGUGAAUAUCUCUGUAAUGUCUGCCUGAUUUUGGUGAUGGAACAGUGUGUCCUGCUUGUCCAAUGGAAGAUGAUUAUCCAGUGAUAAUUUCAAUGGAUGGUAACUUUGGGCUUGUGCAAAAAAAGUCGUCUGGUGUCAGUUUUUCCGAGCCGAAGCAUGCGGGUCACUUCUUUUCUAAUCAGAGUGAGGUUGAUGAGUUUGUUCAAAAACAUAACGGAAACAUGAAGAAAGUUGGCUACGCUUGCAGCAAUUUCAAGGGUGGAAAUACUUUGAGGACAAAUAGUCGAUACGAAAAAUUGGAUGAGACAGCAGUUUUUGGUUCGGCAUGUCGUCAUGUUCUGGUAGUCUUUUAGAUAGGUUGUAGCUGGCAAUUCCAAUAUUUCACUGCUAUGGUCACAAGUUACCUUGUAAGGUUAAGUACAGUCCUCGGCGAGUUGUUGGUGUUGGGUUAACAGACGGUGAGACACUGGAAUGUCUGGUCCUUUUUGCGGAGUUUCUCAAAGAUAACGAAAGGAAUGACCCCCAGUCACAGGAUAGAUGUUCUUACUGAUGCUAUGAUCUAUUACACAAACAAGAAGUUCGCAAAGAUCGGUCCGUAUCUGGCGUCAAAGCUGACGAAAGCCGAGGAUGUAAUGUCAACAACAAAACAGGAAUUGAAGGCUCUCCUUGAAGUGUCAGAAAGUCAGGUAGAACUCUGGCUUGCAGAGUCACAGAAUCCUGCUAGUUGUCAGCGACUGAGACGAGAUCUGUCCAGCAUAGGCCAGUAUCUUACAUUCUGUCAACAAACACAGUGUUGAGAGGGCUGCAUCUCGAAAUGGUAAAGAAAUAAUUAUGCCGAUGGCCAGGCUAUUGCAAUUAAACUGCAGAAAAACAUCAGCAGAACCAAUUGGCAUAUUAAGAAGAUGGUGGAAAUCUUCAACACAAAGGACAUGGAUGAGAGUCACUUGUUUACGAAGAUGCGUUGAAGGGACAUUACUUAGGCAUGGAAGAAGCACCAAUUGCAGGUUCUAAUCAUAGUGUGCCAUUCUACAAGCUGUUGACUUGUUUUGCCACCACUCCCGAGCUUUUGAGGAAUGGUGGUUGUUGUGAAAGAUGGUCAAUGUUGACUGCGUCUUUCGGAAGCAACAACAAGUUUUGUUGGCCUGUGCAACAUCGGAUUAUCUCUCACAGGGCCAGAAGGCAAUGGUAGUUGCUAAGGCAAUUUCUAAAGAAGAACUUCACAAUGAAUUCUAUGAGGCAUGCUAGGGCAAUGUGGAAGUGCCAUUUCCUGAGCAGACAUUUAUUGCAUCUGUCAUUAACAAUCAUCAAAGCAUCACCACUAGUGACCCUGGCCUUCCUGAGGAAGAGGUCAGUGACUUCCUUGAAAGGGCGAAGUGUUUGGGGGAAGAGCAGGAGCAGCAUGGUGAUGAUGGGGACGAUCAUGAGAUAGAAGAGGGAUUAACUGCAGUUCAGGAGAGUGAUUAUUUGGAUCUGAUUGAUCGUAGCUACAAUUUUUGAGGUCUUCAUGUUUAAGGAUCAAGUUGCUAGCUGUUCUUUUCAAGGUGGCAGCCUUCUGGACAAUGAAAGUACUCGGAAACCUACUGCACCUGUUGCUGAUUCUUCUCAUCAGGAUGACUGCAGACAAGAUACUGAAACACAGGAACAGUUAAAUGGAGCUGUAGUGUCAACAAGUUCACCAAAUAAGAGUCAUUGUGCUGCUAGCGCAUAUACACAAGCAUGGAUAUCAAAAUUUGCCUCACACGGUGCGCCUACUGGUAGUUCAACUCUUACAAAAGAAGCCAUAACUGUUCAAACAAGGAAGUUAUGUCUGCAAAGUUCCACAGAGAGAAGGUCACCAGAAAAAUGUCUGUCACAAGAAAGUUCCAAAUUAAGACAACUGAGAAGUGACUACGAAAAGCUUGAAGACAAGUGUGACAGGCUAAAAGAUGAACUUGUGUAGACAGACAGGCGCUAUAAAUACUUAUAUGAACAGUACAACAACGUGCAAUUCAUGGUCUCAGUGCGGAAUGAACGACACAAAAUUUGUACCCACUUUCGAAUGGCGGAGCAAGUGUCGUCAUAUGUUGCCAAGCAGGUUGAAGAGAGUGUUUUUAGCAACAUCUUUUUCAAUCUAGACUUUGACAUAGACAACGUCAUUGUCCCUAUCAUCAAUGUAAAGCUGAUGAAAGUAUUAAAAGUUGGAGACACUUGCCAAAUAUACAAAGCCGCCUGCCACUCUGUCAAUAGGUUCGCUACUAAAGCAAUACAGUGAUGAGAACUUUGUAUCCGUUGUCAACCGUGUGUUUCAGGUGCUGUCCUGUAUUAAUGCCACAUUUACCCCAUUCCCAAUUUGAGUGUACUAUGAGGAUAUUAAACCGGCAUUGGUGACUUCACUCCACCACAUUACGGGGACAGUAUAUAGCUUAAACUUAAAGGACUGUUUUUUGGAUUUUUCCUUCCCAUUUAAGUGGGAGGGGAUGGGUGAAAGCAAUGGUCACAUUUGGCUUUCACCUCCGUCACCUCUUCGAAAGACGGUUUUUGCACAACAACUUGAAGGCUGAUAAUGUUGUGCUGGAUGCAAACGAGAAGGGCAUAGAUGUCAUUCUGUGCAGUUGGAAAAAUUCUUGUAAAAUCGAAUCUGGCCGAAUUCUCACGGAGAAGCAAACAAAAAAGCUGGCGGACAAUAUUGUGUCCCAGAGGUUUUGCACAGAGAGAAGCCAUUUUCAAUUGCAAGUAACAUUUAUGCAUUCGGUUGUCUUGGAAUCUUGGUUGUGAAAUAUUGUAGGGCAUAUGAAAUCACGGAUUACAAUUUACAAGUUGUGGAAAGAUUCUGUCUGAAAUGUGCGAGUCCAAGAUCUGCAGCAAGGCCAGAUGUUGAGCUGUUCAACGAAUACCUCGAAUCAUUUGACAUGUAAUAAUGUGUGACUCUAACUGAAAAGACAGUACAUUCCUCUGACAUUGGCGGAUGGUAUUUUGGAGAACUUUGUUUUCCACCUGGAGGAUCUAUCUUAACUGAGAAUACUUGGCCUGCAAGGUCACAUACAAUUUACCAACUGUAUGACGAGUUUGGGUCUUAACCCUUUAGCUCCUGCGGGUCUACAAAUUUUUUUCCAGCAUCUCCCUGAAGAUUUCCAGGUAUUCCUAUAGUGUAUAGACUUUUGGCAAAAGAGAUACAAAAUGUUGAAAAUGAAGUACUACCAGUUAUUUUGAAGCUAACAAUCAUACCUACAAUAUGAUAUCAUUAAUUUUUCAUUUUAACCCCCUGGUAUCGACAGGAUUAACCCUCUCAGGAAUUUAGUGAAAAUUCAUAAAAAGGCCCUGUAGUAAACAACAGAAUCAUAAGAAGUUCCUACCUAAUCAAAAAAAUCCAUAAAGAAACCCAAAUGUACGAUAAUCCAACCUAAUAUCGAUCGAAAAACACAACCCGGCAUACUCCUGUACAUGAAUACAUGAAUGGUUUGAUAUGAAGUUAUGGUUUGACCAUGUCACAUUUGUUGGUCAAGUUGGACCAUGAGAAUUGCGAAAUUAAAACACCUACAAAAAUUUCCAGGGUGUGGUUUUAUUUGCUGAAUUGACAUGUAGACGAUGGAUAUCUUUUUACCGGUGAAUACUAGUUGUAUGUUGUUAUUAUCAAUAUGUCUGGCCUUCCUAGUUGGUCACAAGUUGUCAUAUUGACUUGUCUAGUUCGAAGUGUUCUGUUCAAUAAAAACACUUGAAUUCACUUGA